AUGCAUGCCAAUAGACAAAAACACCUUGACGCAAUGAAAAUGUUGCCAUCAACAAGUAAGCAAGUUUCCACAAUGGCAUCAUUUGUAACGAAAAAAAUCCCAACAAACGUUCAAAAUGCCGAAGUAAAACUUACCGGUUUUUUAGUUGAGCAUAAUUUAGCGUUCAAAACGGCAGAUCACUUGACGGAAUUGCUAAAAAGCAUAUUCCCGGAUUCAAAGAUAGCUCAACAAAUUUCUCUUAAAAGGACCAAAGCAACUGCCAUUGCCACAGCAGUCAUAGGAGAGACCGAAAAAGAAGUCAUGGUGUCAAAAUUAAAACAAAAUAAGUUCAGUGUAAUUUGUGACGAAUCCACUGAUAUAAGUACCCAAAAGGCUUCUUGUAUUGUCGUGAGAUUUCGUGAUGAGAAAUCAAAACAAAUAGUUAGUAAAUUUUGGGAAUUGACGAAAAUAUUUGAUUUGUCAAAUCCGGACUUAAAUAACGAAGGAGCCACGGGGAAAAAUUUAUUUAAUGCCUUAAUAAAAUCUUUUGAACAGGAAAAUGUUCCUCUCACUAAUUUAAUAGGAUUUGCUGCUGAUGGUUGCAGUGUGAUGAUGGGAGAAAAUAAUUCCGUUUCCAGUCGCCUUAAAGAGCAUUGUCGUGGUAUAGUAAUAAUGAAAUGUGUGUGUCACUCUGCCCACCUUUGCGCCUCUUCAGCCUGUAAAGAGCUACCUAAAAGAUGCGAGGAUUUAGCUCGAGAAAUAUACGCUUUUUUCAAAAGUAGUUCUAAGAGACAAUUGGAAAGAAUACUCGAACAGUGGGAUGCAUUGAAACUCUUCUUCACAAACACAUGGCUCAGCGAGAAGCUCGUUUCAACAGAAAUCAUAUUUAAUAACUUAAAUGAUCCAUUCAUCAAAUUAUACUUUAAUUUUCUCGCAUGGAUUUUACCUAAAUUUACAGAGUUUAACAAAUUUUUCCAAUCAGAAAACGUUGUGAUAACUUCGCUAAAUGACAAAAUUCACGAAAUAUACCGGGACAUUCUACUCUGUUUUUUAAAGAGAGAUUACGUUAUGAAACAUGAACUUGAAUCAAUAAAUUUCGUCAAUGAAGAAAUGUGGUUAAGAAACGAGCAAAUGUACUUAGGCGUCAGAGUAAUGAAUGAUCUCAAAAAUCUUGAAAUUUCAAGAAGUAAACUGGAACUCAAUAAAUUUUUUAGUGUUUGCCGCAAUUUCCUGGUAACGAGUGCUAAAGAAAUAAAAAAGCGUUAUCGCAUGAAUGACCCCCUUUUAUCAAAACUUCAUAUACUACAUCCUGCGAAUGCUGCAUCGUCAAAAUUUCGAGUAUCUGUUCCUUCGAUAUUUUCAUUAAUCGAGUUACUUCCUAGAGUAGUACAGAUGGACAACAUGAGCUUAAUUCAAAACAUCGAUAAUCAAUGGAGAAAUCUUCCAGCUAAAUUUAAUGAAUUAGAUUUGACUUUACCGAUUGAUAAAUUUUGGAGUGAAUUGCACCUAUGUCAAGAUUAUAGGGAGCUAUCACAAUUCGCAUUAGACACUUUGUGCAUUCCCCAUUCGAAUGCACAAUGUGAACGAGUAUUCAGUCACGUCAAUCUAAUGAAAACAAAAAUUCGGAAUAAAUUGUUGACAAAAACAGUGAAUGGGACUUUGUUGGCUGCACAACAUAUUAAGGAAACUGGAUCAUGUAUCGAUUUCAAGCCAUCUGACGAGAUGUUGUGCAAAUUAAAUUUGAGUAUGUACAAAAGAAUAAAUACUUCGUCUCCCGAGUCUACUGCUGCGCUCAAUGACUCUGAUAGUGAAUAA